AUGGACGCCCAACCUAGUCCACCACUUGUCCUAGAGAAAGUCGAGCAUGAAGACGGGGACGCAACUCCUCGUGAACCGAGUACUACUGAAAACGACUACGAAGGGCAAGUGGAGAAGACUCCUCGUACCGAAGCCGCUCCACCACCAGAUGGCGGGUAUGGAUGGGUGGUCGUAGCGUGCGGAUUCUGGGUGUGCGCGAUGACAUGGGGGGUUAAUGCGGGCUAUGCCAUCUACCUGGGCUACUUCCUGAACAACAACAUCUUCCCGGGAGCGACGAAGCUCGAAUACGCCUUUGUCGGCGGUUUGUCCAUCUCGCAGGCACUCAUGAUUGCACCUGCUGCAACGGCGCUCAGCCGUCAGUACGGUUUCCGAGCGACCAUGCUACUCGGGGUAUGCCUCGAAUCGGGAGCCCUCAUUGCCGCAUCCUUCGCAAACAGGAUCUGGCACCUAUUCCUCACACAGGGCAUCCUCUUCGGGUGGGGACUAGGUCUCACCUUCACCUCCAGCAUUGGCAUACCUUCCCAGUGGUUCCUUAAACGUCGGAGCAUCACAAACGGGAUCGUCUCCGCUGGGUCCGGCAUUGGAGGGAUUAUCUGGGCGCUCGCCACAAAUAGCAUGAUUGAGUCGAUCAGUCUGGCGUGGGCGUACCGUAUCACCGCUAUAUGCCUCUUCGUCGUGAACAUCGUUGCCACCCUCUUCAUGCGCGACCGUAACAAACACAUCAACCCCAAUCAGCGGGCGUUCGACAUCUCGUUACUACUACGAGGAGACUUCCUGCUCAUCCUCGCAUGGGCGUGCUUCAGUCUUCUGGGGUAUAUCGUCCUCCUGUAUUCCCUCUCCGACUUCUCGAUAUCAAAAGGGCUUAGCACGCACCAAGCUUCUAUCGUGACCGCUGUCCUCAGUGUCGGGAUGACCGUUGGACGGCCGCUCGUUGGUUAUUUUUCGGACUCUGUGGGCAGAAUCAACAUGGCGGGCAUCGCGACGUUCAUCACUGGCCUGACAUGUUUCAUCAUCUGGAUCCCAGCACAGUCGUACGGCGUCUGCGUCUUCUUCGCGCUCGUCAACGGAGCCAUCUGCGGCUCAUUCUGGUCGUGCGUAGGACCUUUGACGGCUGAAGUCGUCGGGAUAGCCAAUCUCCCUUCUGGACUCUCGUUGGUGUGGUUGUCCGUCGUCGUCCCAUGCACCUUUGCAGAGGCCAUAGCAUUCGCAAUGAGACGCGGAACCGGGCCAAGCAGUUAUAUAAUCAUUCAGGUGUUCACGGGAAUUAUGUUCGUCGUUGCUAGUGUCUGUCUGCUCCUUCUGAGAGGCCUGCAAAUUGAGAAACAGCGAGCAAUUACGGAGGGGAGGCGAUUAUCAGUAACGACCAUGUUACGCUGUAUGUUCAGGAUACAGAGGGUUUAA